UGUUUAGAGGUCAUGGUAUGGUGGGGUCCACGCAGGUGGUACAGGUGUGUUUUGGAACCACUGGGCAACAGUUUUUCACCUGUUGGGCCAACAUGGGCCACCUGAAGUCAGACAGGCUCACCUGUACUCACUGGGAGCCACACUGUGGGCAGCUGCACAUUACGUCAUCGAGCCGGAGGUAGAGCCUGUCAUCAGCCCGGGGUUUCGGGAACUCGUCACACGGAUGACGUACGAGAACCCGACCGGGCGAUCCUCCCUCGAACAAGUGAUUGACAUGUGCGACGGAAAGCUGCAGGGGGUCUCGUCACAGAAAGUUUGUCGGAGUAUCUCAUCCAAAGGACGAAGAAUCCUGUCUAUUGAGUCUUCUCAAUGAUAUUGACUACGCUGCACAAAUGCAGCAGCACGUGACACGGCACCCCAACCACACCCAGGCACGGCGUCCACGCCCUCGUAGUCUCUACAGUCCAGACAGCAUCGACGACACACGUCCCAGUCAGGACACCACCACCAGCCCCUCCUCCUCAAGCAGCAGCAAAACCUGCACCCCUCACUCCUCUCCCGACAAGAGUCCUGCUAAAAUCCUGACUGGCUCUCCUUUGAAGAGCCCGGGCAAGGUGGGCCUGUCGUCGGGAGGUCCCAGUCCAAAGAAGAUGUACUCUCCUUCUUUUAAAGCCAACCAGGGCAUUGUGUUCUUCCCAGAUGGUUUAAACUUUACUGCCCAGAACAAGUCUCUUCCUACAACUCCCAAGGAGAGAAACAAUGAUAAUUCUCAACCAAUCAGACAUCAUGAUUCUAAUAGAAACCCUUUACCACUGGCAGCUACUGUGUCCAUCACCACAGGAACAUCUGUGAGUGUCACAACUACUGUUGUGACUUCCCCAACAACAACUUUGAAUAACGAGGGAAGCUUCCAGCCUGUGACAAAAAACUCCUACAUGUUGCUAACGAAUAAGUUUACCAAAAUGAGCCCCAAAACAUCGGAGGAAAAGCCAUUGCUACAGAGACCAGAAGUUCUUUCUAGAUCGAAGACAGGUCAGUCAGAUGUUCAAGAUGCUCGUGAGAGGCCAUCAGGUGAGGGUGUCUCGGAGAUCAGACCUGGGACUGUUAGUGCAUUACUGGAGAGAUACCGUAUGGGCAGGUUAGAAAACUCAGGCAAGGAGGAGGAAAUGGACAUCAAAAGUUCCAGCCGAAGUUUGAACAGCAUUUUGUCCCAGACUUCUAUGGGAGAUACCACUGGUGCAGGGAGUACCAGUUCAUUAACAAGACAAAAUUCAGCAGAUGCACUACAGGAAAGUGCAAAGGAUUCAGGAGACCCUGCAGUGCUGAGGUCAUCGGCCUUUGCACAGGUGAUGGACAAGAAACUGCGGGGGAGAAGCCGUUCACUGGAGGAGGUGAUUGCUGCUGACAGUACCAUGAAGUGUCUAAGUCUGCAGUCCAUCCUGACCCGUGUUGGGAGCUGUCUGCAGGAGCGCGAGGUCUGGGCCCUGUGUCGGGAAGCCAUGAUCAGCCUGGAGAAAGACAGCACCACAUUCCCUUCUUACCUCAGUUUGGACACCAUUGCAGUGGAGGAGUCUGGGAAAAUAGCCUUUCAGCAGGGACAAGGUGAGAUGGAGAGUUUGUACCUGGCUCCUGAGAUGCAGAAGGGAAGCCUGCCUACAGAACAGGCCUGUGUUUUUGGAGUAGCAGCCAGCUUGUGGUCUGCAGCUGACUGGGGUCUACCAGCCAACCAGGAACCUGCACUGUCUGACCAAUUGGAGGGCUUGUUAGUGUCCAUGACACAGGACAAGCCGGGGGACAGGCCGUCCAUCCGAGAAGUGUUGCAGAUGUGUAAUUCUUAUGACCAGCGAAGUGAUGUGUCAUCCAGACUAACCUGUGAGAGACUCGUCAGAGAAGCUAUGAGGGCAGAGGUUUUCAAUGAAAACAAUAAACUUGUCCAGCAGUGCCUAAAGGAGGAGGCAGAAGAAAGAAAAGAGCGGUUCAGGGCCAGCGUGGUGGCAGCCAUUGAUAUGACUGAUCCCAAGUCUGUGCUUAAGCCAGCUUCAUUCCGACCCGCUGCUGAGCAGCCCAAGGAGCCGACCGGUUGGGACCAGCUGCUGGAGCAGAUCCAGAAACGUCCACACAACCUCAGACAGGUAACAGAACCAAAGGUGUUUGGCGUGAAGGACCUGUUCGAGGCCAAUCCUUAUCUGUUGAAGACGUUACGCAUCAUCCGCCGACCAGCAAGAUUAAGAAACUCACCUAAGUCUGAUGCAGCUAAAGCUGUUCCCUCGACGGAACAGGGCAGGCUUGACUUAGUGGGAAACAUCCGUCCCCCUAAGGAUGCUGGUCAGCUGAUUGUUGCAGAUGCGUCCUCAACAGAGAACAAGAUGGAACCUGUGAGUUCAAGUGGACUUUCUGACAAGGAGCAAAAGCAGUCAGUAGAGGAGGGAAACAAGGCAAUCUCUGACUCUCCGAAACUCAUGGCUGGACCAGAAUCUGCAUUUAGGAGCAUCUCCAACAUCCGUCCAAAAACAGGGAGCCUGGACCAGACGUCUGGUGGGGAAAUGUCGAGCAGUCCGUCCACAAAAGAGUCCUCUCCUUCUCUCCCCUCGGCUUUCACAUCCUCAGCAACGCAUUUCACUCCUAUUGUCCUGACUAGCUUGAAGGACAGGCAGGAGAAAUCUGUCGCUGGUCUGCAGAACCCUCAGACUGGAUCUCCUCCCAAGAAAAUUUCUACAAAGAAGAUAGUCAAGGCUGUAAGAAAAGAUUUGUUGCUUUCCUUAAAGAACCGUCCUCCUCCCACGCUGGCAAAUGACUUAGAGAAAGACUUGGAGGAGGAGAUGAGGAAGACCUCGGACUCAGAAAAAACAGACAGUCCUGCUGUAACAGAGAAGAGACCAGAGGAAAACAAGAGUACAGUUAAACCUGAGAAACAAGCUGCUAACCCGGAAGUUGCCAUAACCAAGAUGCCGCCUGUGGCUGAGGUGAAGGGUCAGGUGCAAGGUCCCAGGCAGAGCCACACGGAUGGAGGGGCUGAUAAUCUUGGUGCUUCAGCGCCUGCCAGUCUUGCCACUGCAAACACAAAUGCAGGGAUGUCCGGCCCAGGUUUCCACAGUGGAGUGCCUCAGCAGAUGGUCCAGCCAACACAGAACUCAGCUCACCAGGUGCAGCCUCCGAGUGCAGCUGCAGCGGCACCUGGCAGCCAGUCGCAGAUGCCUUCCCUCUCAGCCAACCAGCCUUUUCUCAUCCCAAACAUCCCCAUCAGUGGAAUGUACCCCAACAUCUCCGUCCCGAUGCAGCUUCAGCAAGAUCCACAGACUGGUUUCUUCCAGCUGGUGCCAGUGAACAUGCCGGCCAUACAGAUAACUCCCCCUCACUCCCAUGCAGGUGUCAUGGGGGCAAUGCCAGCAGGGGGAGAGGGUGUCAGCACCCCAAAUGUGCAAUUCACACAGGCAUUGCCAGACAAUCUUGUGUCCUCCACUUCUAACAGCUCCUAUGAAGCUGAGCGUGGAGCCAACAAGGAGUCAUCUGAAACUGUCCCAAAAAAGACAUGGAGAGAAAUAUCGGAGGAAAGAAAAUCUCCAAACCCUACUGCAGAGAACAGAAGACCAGGCAAGCACAGUGGUAGUGAGGGCAAAGAUAGCAAGGCACCAAAGCCUCCCCCAAGGGCAAAGCACAAGUCUGGGCAAACCUUAGGAUCAAAUGAGAUAGUCCUUAGCAAGAGUGAUCAGGACUUGUCAAAGCCUGCCAGAAAACCAGACCUGAACACCAGCAAGAGUAUUGAGUCAAUCAUUCCAACAGAAAACGAACAUAACAAAAGUCCUUCUAGAAAGAAAUCUGACUCUAAAAAGUCAAACAAAGCCAAGUCGAGUCGGAAGCACUUGGACAAGUCCUCAGAAUUGUUGACGUCACAGGGUGUCAGUCCAUCUCCUCCGUUGUCGUAUGUGUCCCGAGACAGUGGUGUGCAGCUGAGUAAGUCCAGCACGGAGGACAUGACACAGUUGGACACGACGCCCACACCAGAGGAAGUCAACGGAACACUCGGCAAAGUCACGCAGCUGAUCAGGGAGGAAUUUGCAUUUGACGGGUACUUGGAGAAUGGGGUGGAAGAUAGAGCCAUGGCUGAUUACAUCAUGUCCUUGGCAAACCUGCGCUGGGGGACGUUUAGUGAUGCAGUGACAGAGAAAUACUGUGACCUGUACUGGGAAGAAGAGCUACUGGAGAAGCUGUUUGAAGCUAUCAAUGGCCGCAUGCCUGAGAAGAGACACAAAGCCAAACUGAGUUCACCCAAACCACCCCCGGAGACUGCAAGAGUCUUGAGUAUUGACGAGCCAGGCUCAGAGGGAGAGGACAACUUCCUGGCAAACCAGGACAUUGACCUUCUCCAUAUGUUUAUGGGUCGCCACCAUCCAAUCAGGGAGGAGGAGGAAGAUCAUGUGACUGGACCACUUUUCCCCGUGGAAAGUCGGAGCGCGCGGAAGCUGCGGGGGGACAGCUUGCUCUCAACAGCCAGCUCAACGUCUUCGUCCAGUUCUGCAAAACUUGACAAAACAAGACAACCGGCUGUGCCAAAGAACUUAGUACAAGUGCACAGCGAACAUUCUGACACUGAAAUGGACAUGGAUACGGGUAUGUUGCCAGGCAACCUUGUGGAUAACCAAUCGGUGAAGCCCAAACUUGUACACGUACGAAGUCAGGACACGACCUCUGACGGAGACAGUCAGGAGGUGACAGGAUCAGGUGGAGAGGACUCGGGGAGUAAAGAAGCCAGUAAGUUCCAGCGCCUGCAGCAGUCUUGGCUGAGAAGACACGGGAGGGAGUACGACUCAGACUCCAGCUCAACCAGUGGGAAGCAGUCACCGAAGACACGCCUGAAGUCACAGGGCAACGACAGGACCAAGAUACGCCAGCUUCUGGACAGCACCAUGACACGGAGGAACAGCAGCUCAUCCCUGAACAGCAGUGCCCCCUCCAUGCCCAACAGUCAGUACUCGAACGAGUAUGCCAGCAGCUUUGUCCCCAACUCUGCCCUGGUGUCGUCCAGUUCCCGGUCGCGCAGCCACGGCAGCCCUGCCAGCAGUGUGGUGUACCUGGGAGCUGAGAACCUGGAGCUGGAUCCUGUUCUACAGGACUACACACGCCAGCUGGGCGCCAUGGACGAGGAGAAGAAACAGAGCAUAGAAGCCAAGAUUGCGGAGGUGGAGCAGCAGCUGAUGUUUGAGCAGAAGCAGAGGUCCAAGUCUCAGAAGUUUUUGCGGCGACUGUUGGAGUCAGACAGGAAAGGCAAAGGAGAGAACAAGGCCAUGGCCUCCAAACUCAACAAACAGAUCAUAGAGAUGUCUGAGAGGCUGGAGUUUCUGGAGUCUGCCAAGAAACAUCUAGAGAUGCUGUAUGCAGAACAGUGGGGAUUGGACCAUUCCCUCCUCUACUCUUUUGCCACCAGCACCUCCGUAGAGCCAAUGCAGCUGGAGCCAGCUGAUGUGAACCCCCUGCUGAUGUUCCAGUGGUGUAAGGAGGGGGACAGUGCAGGGGGGUACGCCCGGGGCACUACCCUGCAGGCCGGCACUCCCGUCGGACUCUUCUCCUACCUGUUUGCCAGGGACUCGUUGAUGGAAGGUUUCAUCCACCAUUUCUUCUACACGUACCGUUACUUUGCCUGCCCCUCCGAGCUCCUGUCCUUCAUCACUGAGAAGUUCCACAGCGCCAUCAGCGUGUCGGUGGACCAGCUGGACAACAAGGUCCGCGUCCACUGUCGCACCAUCGACCUCAUGCAGGUCUGGGUGGAGGGCUUCUUUGACCUGGACUUCAAGCACGAUGCAGAGCUGACUGAUCGCCUCAUGGCCUUCAUCAGGAAUAAGAUCAUCCCGCUGGACACGCAGGGUGAGAGCCUGCUGCGGCUGACGCAGGCGUGUCAGCAGGGCCGGUACAUGGCGCUGAGCGGCACCAUGAAGGAGGCACCGGAGGAGAACGAGGGAGAACUCUUCCAGAUGGUGAACGAUCGCAUUAUCAUGGAGCAGCACCAGGCACUCAAGAAGACCAACUCCUUCCGCAUCUCCCUGUCGCUGCCCAAGAAGAUGCAAUCCAGGCAAGCCAAGCUGGCCAGGACCAACGUCAUCUCGUGUCUGAGUAACCGGCGCGACCUGGGUGACGACCAGAGCGUGUACCAGCUUGCCCUGGCGCGGGAGAAAGACGGCUUCACACUGAGCGAGUACACGUCCCGCACCCUGGCCGAACAACUCACGCUCAUGGAGCAGGAGCUUUUCUCCAAAGCCCACCCCAUUCACUACCUGAACUCGCGGGCACACGGCGUGGGGGUCAGCGGUAACCUGACCAGUCCGAACACCCCGCGUACCCAGCGCAUGGCAUCCGGCGCCCAGGAACCCGACAGCCCGAGUCUGUUUCAUCCCGACAAUGCGCAGGACAACUAUGUUCUGACGCUGCUGGAGCAUGCCCAGAACCUGAGUCACUGGGUGGGCGCGGAGAUCGUGUGCUGUAACAGCGCCAAGUCACAGCUGGCCGUGCUGACCAAGUUCAUCCAUGUGGCUAAGGCUUGUUAUGACAUGCGGAACUUUGCCACAAGUAUCGCGAUACUGGAUGCUCUGGACAACCUGAUAGUACGUCAGCUGCCAGCCUGGCGGAGCCUGCCGUCUAAAGUACUGCAGAUCAUGGAGGACCUGAACGCUGUGAAGGUGAUCCUGAAGAGUGACAGCAGCUGUCUGGUGGACAGCGAGAACCACCGCGGGCGUGCCACCAUCCCGCCCACCCUGCUGUUCCUCAUGCAUGUCCAGCAGCAGGAGAUCGGAGCCUUCACCAUGGCUAACGGCAUGUACAAGUGGGCCAAGCUCAGAUCGAUUGCCCGUCUGAUUGACCAGAUCCGGCUCUUCAAGGAGCACCGCUUCCAGUUCGAGGCAGACAAUGAGCUGCAGCAGUUGCUAUGGCAACGCAUCCAGGAGUUCCGGGGUCACGACCUCCAGAUGCUGGCGUCUGAACAUGUGACCAACUACCACCAGCUGUCGGGCGAGAAGAACUCACGCAAGUUCCACGACGCGCUGAGGAGAGUUAAAGCAACCUUCCAGUGAAGUUACUUUGAACAGAUGAGGAAACAUAAGAAACUUCUUCAGAUCUUUGACGUCUUGAGUCAUUGUUGAGAGUUGUGAGUUGCCUUGAUAGUGAAAAUUGUGGUUUAUAUUUCGGUGGCCGGCUGGAGAAAAUGUGUUCUUGAAUAUACAAAAGCUUUUCUGAAGACUAUCUCUCCCUGAACCAUUACUGUACAUGGAUGUUGCUAUAGCAACAGCUAACAUCACUGAUGUGUUACUAUGGCAACAGCUGUGAUGCGUUAUGUGUUGCUAUAGCAACAGCUGGUGUACUGGAUGUGUUACUAUGGUAACAGCUGAUGUACUGGAUGUGUCAUUUGGCAUAGCAAGUCUUACAGCUGUAUUUCAGUAUGUUUCAGAAGGAGGGCCUUGUACUUACAUGUACAUGUACAUGUACUGUAGUGAACUGUAGCUUUUACUGCUAGUAUUUCGAUCACACUUCAUAAGAACACAAGAAUGAAAGAGUUCUUGGCAAAAGCAUGCACAUUGUCAUAAUUUGUAAUACAAAAGAAAGUUUGUAUUUGAAACCUGAAAUUGAACCCACACUCCUGUAUGUCCUGGAAUACAGCUCUAAUGUAGCAGUGACAGCUAUCAUCUGUAAUGUUACCACCCCUGCCUUCUUGUGUGUGCACAGAUACCAUUCGCAUUUACUUCUAAGAACUUUUUACAACAGGACGGGAUAGGGUAAAGAGUAAUGGGUACACCUGAAGUGCACCAAUGAGAAGUGCUGAUCUAGAAAUGUUAGGCUAUGCCUACAGCACCAGAGCUGGUCUCCACAAUACUUGGUACAUGUAUGAGGAAUUUAGACUGCAUGGUUGAGCUGGUUUAUCAACAUGACCUGUCAUAGCACUAGCUAGCCUUGUUCAUAGCUCUUCAAGUAUGGGAUAAUCAUGAAAGUGAUACCUUGGCUAGUUGGCCAUGCAAGCUACUGGUGUCAGUGGUACUGUGAUACAUAGCAGUUUGGACAGUAUCCUGAAACUGUCUUUACAUGAUGGCAUUUUGUGUCUUGAGCUGAAGUAUGACAGUAGUGUUUUUCCAACUGUCUGGUCUAUAAGAAAGGAAAAAAGUGUCUUUGUCUGGGUGUAGUCCUAGUUCAAUUUUUUCCUGAAUACUUUGGUCAUAUUACCAUGGGAACCUAAAACCUAACAUGGCCAUUGGUAUCAUGGUGCAGAAAUGCCAAGCAUUAUCUGCACAUAUGGCUUAUAGAUAAGUUAGACUUGUUUUGACUUUAUGCCCAAAGCUUGCAGCUUAACUAAAGCUUACAGCUAAAACACAUUUCUACUGUUAGGACUUAAACUACAGGCCAGUCAUUGCACUGACUUUUGUCUCAGAUGUUUAAUGAUGUCACAAGCCAUGAUAACAGUGCUUUGUACAGUCAUGUGAAAUAUUUGUAUAUUCUAGAGUAAUGUUAUUAUACUGCAGAGGACUUCUCCAUGUUUGUGAGGACUAAUAAGAUUUGUUGUGUAUGCAACCUUUGUAUAUUGUAAAUGUAGCCAAGGGUGCCAAAACUAGAGAAAGCUAUCCUCAGUAUAUAAAAUGUGUACGUCUUGUACAUGUACCAUAGCAUAGCCAAGAAUAGCUGUACUAUAUUGUUGAUUUGAUAUGUACAUGUACAUGUAUAUUGUCGCAUUUAGUCUGAGAAUCUUUAUACUCAUCUAAUGUAAAGUGGUGUAGAUAGUCUUAUGGUUGUUAUAAAAAUAUCUUUUGCUCUAUUUUUGGUACUAUUUAACUUUUUAUGUUGCACUAGAGUGUGGUGCUUUUGUAAGGCUUAGCUUUAUAGCAGUGGUAAUGUUUGAGCUAUGGCAGGUAUAAUUGUCUUUUAAUUCAUAAAUCAGGGCAGUGUUAUUGACUCUUGCCAGGUAAACUAAUGUCAAUUGUUUAUUUAUU